AUGAGAAAGGAAAGAAAGAUAGAGAUAAAAAUAGAGGAAAAGCCAAGUAAAAGAAUGAGAGAAAGCACGAUGGGUGAUGUGCAAAGUCGGAUAUUGGAAGAUGCCUCGAUAAUGUGUAAUUCCUGGUCACCUAGACACAAUGGUGACUUAUUUGGCGGUUUGAAUAGCGGACUACAAGACGGUCUGCUUUCGAGGGCAGAGGCUCUGGCAGCUGACUUAGGAAAGCACAAUGCAGGCACGCCGAUGCCUCUUAAGCAUGAUCCUGUAUCUGUAUAUCAUCACGGGGCACACAUGCCUAGUCCACACCCAAACAAUCGGCCGCACCAUCAGGUACAAUCACACCUAUUUGUGAGUCUAACUUGUUAA